GGCAUACUGGGCUUCGCAUCGUAGAAUCGAGAAAAAAAGCAGCAGUGCGCUACUGCAGCACGCCUUCACCACCGCAGCCGUCACCUCGCCGCCGCCGCCGGCGGCGGCGGCACCAGUAUGAACAAGUGCGCGAGAGUCUAUGCGCUAGUUGCCCAUCGAAGCUGCCGAAUCCACCUCUCCAUCACAACUAGCCAGGAGCCCAGGCUACCUUGUCCGUGUCAAGAUUAGUCAGACCCGUCCACCCUUCGGUUUUGAUGUGUGGUCUAAUUUAUACAAACUAUAAAUUCUUGACCUAUCUGAAAAAUCAGCUGAAAGACAGUACUAUAUCAUCCUUGCUUGGUCUUCCAUUACUACGGCCCCUAUUCCUUAGUGGCAAUGUCAUCACCAGUGCACAGAUUAUCAAAAUGGCAAAUAAGGAAUAGAGGAAAUCACAAUGGCAGCCAAGGGAUUUGCCACUCUUAAUUAGGUACUUGAACAGAAUAUUUUUUUACCACUCUAGCUUCAGGUUCUUGAACAGAAUAAUUCGUUGUUCAUGCUGUAACUAUUAAUAAUGUCUUUCCGCAUCGGAGCUAGGAAGAGCAGCAAAGAUCUGGACACGCAAUGCGCGGCAGCGUUGUGGAAUGGCAAUCAGCAUGCAACUGAUUGAACGCACUGUCUUCCUAAAAGGGGCGAAGUGGGAGAGGACGACAAUGAGAUCAUAGAGUGGCUAGACGAGUCACAGCAUGCCGACUGAAGUCAAAAGUGGAGCAGCCUAUCCAUUGACCUAGGCCAAUCCACCCACGGUCCUUCUCCACUGAAAUUGUUGUUUCCUCAAGCAGUGGCAACAGCAUAAGCAAUCCAGUGGGUUACAGGGUUAGAAAUUUCAGGAGUUCGUUGACCCACUGACUGACUGCCAGACACUGUACGCCACCCAGCAUGGACCUGAGAACCUGAUCUGAUCCUGCUCUUCUUUUGCCACAUCCUGUCUGGUACACAGCCAUUGCCGUCGCACUCAUGUCUACAAGUCUACAACUAUCAAAUUAUUGCACUUGGGAGACUUUGACCGCAAUAAUGAUCACACCAAAAGUGGGUGAUGACUGAUGAGAUGGUAUAUCCUUGUUAUCUAGCAGUGGUUUAAACUAGCAACCAGUGAAACAUUGCUGCACCAGGGUGCAUAGAAAUCCCUGAGAGUGAGAGUGUAGUAGAAGGGGAAGUGGCCAUGAGGAACUCCUGUUCUUGGAGUUUGUUUCUGCUAUGCCUAUGCUUUGUAAUAUGUGACUCAUGUUUGCACAAGGAAAGGAGAGCGCUUCUGCACAUUGUUGGCAAUGAGUGCAACUGUGUGGCCUGGUAUAAUCCAGUAGAUGGUGAAAACAACUGUUGCCAAUGGGAGUGGGUGACCUGCAACCCCAGCACAGGCCAUGUCACGGCCCUCAAUUUUGAUGGAUUUCGUGGAGAGUUUGUAGACAACGGAGACUUAUUCAACGCUUCUAUGUUCCUUCCCUUACAGGAACUGCAGAGUCUGUCCUUGAGAAACCUUGGUAUACGAGGAUGCAUACCUGGUGCAGGUUUCGAAGUAUGGUCUAAAUUACACAAAUUAGAAAUUCUUGACCUAUCUGAAAAUCAGCUGAAUGACAGUACUAUUUCAUCCUUGGAUAGGCUUCUAUCUCUGCAGUCUUUAUUCCUUAGUAAAAAUUUCAUCACCAAUGCCCAAAUUAUCAAAGUUACAGGAUUGAGCAAAAGGAAGCUAAAUGUUCUUGAUCUAAGCUGGAAUGUAAUUGUUGAUGACAUACCGAGAGCAGCCUGCAAGAUGACAAGACUUCAAGAGUUACAUCUUGAUGGAAACUUUUUCUUCGGAAAGCUGCCACCAUGCAUUAGAAAUCUAACUUCUCUCAGGGUUCUUGAUCUUUCAUACAACCUUUUAAAAUGAUUCCAAUGGCACUUUAUCGGAGCUAGACCAGGAGGAAUUCACGACAAAAAGUCGGCAUGACUGUUAUAAGGGAAACAUCCUCAACUACAUGUCUGGGCUCGAUUUCUCUUCAAAUCAGUUGAAAGGAUCCAUUCCUGAAUGUAUAGGUAGCAUGCAAUGGUUACGGGUGCUAAAAUUUUCAAAUAAUUCAUUGAAUGGACCAAUACCAAAGUCCUUAUCCAACUUAAGUAACCUUGAGAGCUUGGAUCUAUCACACAAUAGUUUGACAGGCCAAAUACCACCAGAGCUAGUGACACUGCGGUCUCUGGAGGUCUUCUCGGUGGCGUACAACAAUCUUUCAGGCCCUACAUUGGGUACCAAGGGACAGUUCAUCACAUUUGAUCAGAGGAUACGAGGGUAAUCCUGGCCUCUGCAGCCCGCCGCUGCUGAAGAUUUGCUCUGCCACGCCUUUGUUUCACCUGCCCCAAGUGGAUGAAGAGCAUGACAGAGUUGGCGAUCUGAUACUAUUUGGCUCUUCAGCAUUGUUCUACACGAUCGGUUUCUGGACCUCCUUGGCUGUGCUCUACCUCAAGAGGAGCUGGAGAUGGGCGCUGUUUUCAGAAGUGGACAGGUUUGGCGAUUUUCUGGUGGUUAGAUGGUUUAUAUUUAUGAAAAGGGUCCAUACCACUGCCCGCUGAUUGUGCUUUCUGAAGGAUCUCGUAAUUCUAGAGACUGCCACUGCUGUGGACUGCUAUUAGAAUGAAUAUAAGUGUUGUAUGUUCAUUUGGAAGAAUAUAAGUGGUAUAAUAUGUUGGUAAUGAUUUGUGGCUAAAUUCUUAUAUUUUCAUCAACAAAUCUACUCUGUUGACAAAGUUGACAGCAGCUACGUACCAUGCUCACUGGGUUCUUCGCUUUUUAGAGCUGCUGGAAUAAGAAACUUUUGUGUUGCUUGCAACCUUAAA